CGUCGGAGAGGACUGACUUCACUCAUCCGCUGUAAAUGGACGCGAUACUGAACUACAGGCCGGAGGGCAGCGAGGACUACUACACCUUACUGGGAUGCGACGAGCUCUCCUCGGUUGAGCAAAUUCUGGCAGAAUUUAAGGUCAGAGCUCUGGAAUGUCACCCGGACAAGCAUCCCGAAAACUCCAAAGCUGUGGAGACUUUUCAGAAGUUGCAGAAGGCGAAAGAGAUUCUGAGCAACGCAGAGAGUCGAGCCCGCUAUGACCAUUGGCGGAGGAGCCAGAUGUCGAUGUCGUUUGAGCAGUGGGAAGCUUUGGCCGACUCAGUGAAAACUUCGAUGCAUUGGGCUGUCAGAAGUAAGAAAGACUUGAUGCUGGAAGGAAGUGAGCAGACUUACACCAACACAGCUCAAAACAAGGAACGGAGUGAGCAAAGAGAAACCAAGCAAGGGGACCCAGACUCAACCCCAGAGAAAAUGAUGCAAAAGGAAUCUGAGUCCCCAGAGAAAGGCAUCUCCCCACAAAACCCAGACUCUCCGGGUCUCUCAGACUGGAACUGUGGCCACCUCCAUUUCCGCUGGUCUGGCGACACUCCCUCAGAACUCCUAAGGAAGUUCAGAAACUAUGAAAUCUGAAGUGUCGUUGCUCUGUGAGGGAGGGUGAGGCCUUCAUCCGUGCUGCCAAAGCCAGUCUUUGUUCAUAGCUUUAAAAUGCUGUCUGUGUUUGUGAGUUGCUCAGUAUGGUCAAGUCCCCCAACCUUGAACCCAUUAUUACAGUGUGCUUUGUGUUAUUUUGUGCUGGGGAUUGAACCCAGGACCUCCCGUACACUCUGUAACAUUGAUUGUUACUUCCUACCCCUCAUGUUGUUUGAGGAAAUUGUUGUAAGUUGUAGUUUAUUUCAGUAUUUGAGUCAAUUAAGGCUCUCAGACACACUUGUUUCUAAGACUAUACUUAGAUCCUAUGUAGUUUGUAUUUUAUGUUUUUCCUGUUAAUGUUACUUGUAGAUAUCUGUUAAAAAUCACUCCCCGUUGGUGUCCCAUGAUCCCUAGCUUCGCUAGACAUACAAAAAUGUCUUCUAGAUUUUGUUUUAAACUGAAAUGUAGACUUACUUGUCUGAAUUUCAUAGAGUGAAAUAAAUAAUUUCCUCGAAGUUUA